GAGCCGCCGGCAGCCGCCCGCCCGCGACCGGCCUGCGGCGGCUCGGAGGGGCCCGGAGCAGCGGGGAGCGCCCGGCUCCGGCCGCCCAGCCCGGGAGCAGGCGCUGGCCGCGUAGGGGAAGCAGCAUCUCGGCGGAGACCGGCGCUAGGAUGGUUCCCCCACCGCCCCUCAACAAGCCCCAUGUCUGCCUCUCCACUGUCCUCAUCAUGAGCAGCUUGGUGCUGAUGGAUGCUUACCUGGUGGAGCAGAAUCAGGGCUCCCGGAAACUGGGCAUCGGCCUGAUGGUCUCGGUGGGCGACCUUUGCUUCCUGCUGGUGCUCCGGUACAUGGCGGUCUGGGUCGGGGCCGAGGCGAGGACAGCCAAGCGUGGCUACGCCAUGAUCCUCUGGUUCCUUUACGUCUUUGUGUUGGAGAUCAAGGUCUACUUUGUCUACCAGAACUACAAGGCGGACCGGAAGACCCUGGACCUUCUGGCACGCAAAGCCCUGACCCUGCUGUUGUCUGUCUGCAUCCCAGCCCUCUAUGUGCUGCUGGUGGCCACCGAGCAUAUGGACUACGUCCAGACCUUCAAGAAGAAGGAGGACCUCCGCAAUCGCCUCUUCUGGGUAAUCAUUGACAUGCUGGAUGUGCUGGACAUCCAGGCCAACCUGUGGGAGCCCCAGAAGAAAGGGCUACCCCUCUGGGCCGAGGGCCUUAUGUUCUUCUACUGCUACAUUUUGCUCUUGACUCUCCCUUGUGUGUCCCUGUGCGAGAUCAGCAUGCAAGGGUUCAGCAUCGUGCCACACCGGAUGAUGCUCUACCCUAUACUGAGCCUGCUCACCGUCAACAUCGCCACCCUCUUCAUCAGGGGGAGCAACAUGGUCUUCUUCAGGGACGCCCGGGUCUCGGGCAUCUUCAUGGGCAAGAACGUGCUGGCCCUCGCGCUGAAGCUCUGUAUGUUUGUGCAGUACCGGAAGCAGCUGCGCCACAUGCCAGCAGGGUUCAGCGCUGAGCCCCAGCACAGCUCCAUGCCCCAGCCCCAGCCUGCCUUGCAGCUGCUGAAAUCCCAGAACCAGACGCCCGGCCCCAAGGCCCUGGUUUGGGGGAACACGUGACCUGAGGUGGGCAUUGCAGACUGGAGCCUAACGAUGGCAGAGUACUGGCACCUGCCGAGUUCCCACCCAAUGCUGGUUCCUCCAGGCAGUCUGUGAGCGACCCCUCCUUUCUUUGCACGGACAAGCUGACCAGCCAUGUCCCCGCUGAGCAUGGGGCUAGGGAACAGUCACUUCUGGGGCGGCACGGCAUAGAACAGGGCCUUGGCACCACAGCCAAUGGUAGCCAGCCCCCAAGGCCAACUUGUGGACCUUGUGGAGAGGCUAUCAAAGGGGAAUAGGCAGUGCCAGGCAACAGGGUCUAUCCCUGCUUGCUUCCCUGUAUUCCUUCAAUUGCAAUUCCUUCAUCGCGGCGCAAUGGCUCUGUAGUGGGCCUGCUGGGAAUGUCCUGGGGGGACACAAUCUUCAUGCACUCCCUGCACAGUCUAACUGUUCUGCCCUCGAUUGUUUCUCCUGGGCCCCUCUCUGUGUGUCCACACGUUCCGCUGUCCCCCUCGCCCACACACACAUUGCUGCCUGUUCCCUCCUCGGGUGUGCAGGAUUCCCCAGGGGAGUGGUGCCGGUGCCGCCCAGCUCCCAGCCCCAAGACGUCCAAUGGGACUCACUGGCUUGUGGGCCUUCUUCAUGAGCAUCUUCCUUUUUCCAAUAAAUGAGAGUCUAAGCCCUGCAGCCUCCUGGCAUUGGUGUGCAGCUGCUCCCUAAUGCUGUUUGUAUGGAGGCCAGUCGGGAUGAGCAUGAGUCCUGCUCUCUGUGAGGGCUGACAGAAGGCAUGGUGGGUAGGUAGGAUUAUAGGACAACAAGAGCUGGCUCACUGUUAAGGUUGCAACAUGGCUUCUGUUUGAAUUUUCCAUCCUCUCUGAAGCCUACACCCCCAGUCAGAUGGGCUUGGAAAGUGGUCUGCUAGUUCUAGGCCCAGGGGAGAAUGUGGGGUCACUGGAUCAAAGGGUGCCCAAGAUACAGCCCUCCAAAAUGAUUGGUUUUGUAAGACCUCAAUUUCUUAUAACUCAUUUGUUGCAGCUUAGGGACAGACGGGGACCCCUCACUGAGAUCUAGAAGUCGGCCCCAAGAACAAGCUCAGAAACCCAAUUCAGACAGAGUUCUUAGCCUGGAUUUUUGGUUCUCCGGGCUGGUAUGGCAGAUGGCAGUGCCUUCCCCAGGGAUGGCCAGCACCGUGUGCAGUGCUAGAGGUUCUCUGCCAAAACAGCCUACCCUGGUCAGACAGACACUGAAUGAGGAGCCAGGAGACCCUGAGUUCAAGUCUGCUCUUGCACUGAUUGCUACAAACAUUCCUGUGUCUUUCACAACCCGGGCUAGUGACCAAGGCCUUGGACCCCCCCCCCCAUUAGGGGAGGUACAACCACCAGUUGCUCCAUUUUGCAGAUUGGAUAACUGAAGGGUUGAAACUGGUCUCUGAUCUGGCAGACUCAAGUCUGAUUCGCUAAGCCACACUGCCUUCUGGAGAGAAUCCAGGUGCUUGGCCAGCCUGUCUGACCCCUGCUGUGAUCACUAGGUAUAAGCUUCCUCCUCCCCAUUCCCCACAGCCAGCAGUAGGAACCAGGGUCCCUUCCAGAGGGGAACCAACACUAGCCAUAUGCUCGCUGAGUGAGCCAAAUCUCUGGGCUUGGCGGUGCUGUCUACAUUGGGGGCUGCUCCGGCACACCCACCUCCACAGAGCUCCGAGACUGCAAUAGGAUCAGAGCACCUUACUUGUCCCUAACAGACACAGCCACUUCCUGUGAGCUCAGCACAUCCCAAAGCCAUACUCCUAUUCAGAGAGCCCCCCAAGCCCCUCAUCGCAGCCUGGGCAGCAGCAAUUGCCCAGGGAGCGCUGGCUGCUGGCAGGCAGAGAUCAGAGUGGGGAGUACAGCGGGGCCUGCA